GGAUGAUAGGGAGCGCGUCUAUAAAAGAACCAAAUUUCAACUAAACUCAAUUUUAAUAAUGGCAAAUAAAUUUAUUCUGGUCCCAGAGGAAAUUUACAAAGGACUUACAACUCAUGACAAGGGUGAACCAAAUUUGGAUUUUAUUCGUCGUGGUUUAGAAAAAACCAAACGUAAAAAAGAGACACCUAGUGCUAAAAAUAUUAAUUACAAUCAGGAGUUUAGACGAUAUCUACAGCUAAGAAAUGAACAACAGAAUAGACCAGUCAAAGUAGAGAUGGUGGCUAGUUCAAAGGGUAUCAUGGCUCGUCCUACAACAAGCUUAACUGAAGAAGAUGAUAUGUGGACUCAAGAUUUCUCAUCCCCAUCUUUUCAAAGUCGAUCUGAUACGACGUCAACGUUAAAAGAAGAUCUACCCUCUUCAUUACCAACAGAAAAUAUUACCACAAAAGAUGAGAAACCCGAAAUAAAAACUCCCAAGUUCAAGAAAAGAACAUACUCUUUCAAAAAAUUUAACACAGUUAAAUGGGCCCAGAGGAAACCCUCAAGUAGGAGAAGACCUAUAAAUAGGUUCAGCCCAGCAUUAUGGAGAUAAAAAUGGCAGACUAUACAAAACUUUUGCAAAAUCUUUACAACAAUCCUGAAUCGCCCGCAGCAUUUUCAGGUGUUGAUAGACUCUGGAGAGAGGCUAGAAAAGUCCUCAAACAUAUACCUAAAAGAGUUAUACAGGAUUAUUUGGAGGGUCAUAGGACAUACACGUUGAUGCGCCCGAGGCGCAUUCAUUUUAAAAGGACAAAAACUAUACCUGCAGGUU